GUUUGACAUCUACAGGAAGGUGCCAAAAGACCUUACACAGCCAACCUACACAGGGGCUAUUAUCUCUGUCUGCUGCUGUCUCUUCAUACUGUUUCUCUUCCUGUCUGAGCUCACCGGAUUCAUAGCCACUGAAAUAGUUAAUGAGCUGUACGUGGAUGACCCAGACAAGGACAGUGGAGGUAAAAUAGAAGUGAAUCUGAACAUCAGUUUGCCAAACCUGCAUUGUGAAUUGGUUGGACUAGACAUCCAGGAUGAAAUGGGAAGGCAUGAAGUGGGUCAUAUCGACAACUCGAUGAAGAUCCCUCUCAAUAACGGGGAUGGCUGCAGGUUUGAGGGCCAUUUCAGCAUCAACAAGGUCCCUGGCAACUUCCACGUGUCAACACACAGUGCCACUGCACAGCCCCAGAACCCUGACAUGACUCAUGUCAUCCACAAGCUCUCCUUUGGGGACAAGUUACAGGUCCAUAAUGUCCAUGGAGCAUUCAAUGCCUUGGAGGGAGCAGAUAAACUCAGCUCAAACCCUCUUGCAUCUCACGAUUACAUCCUGAAGAUAGUCCCAACCGUGUACGAAGACAUGAGCGGGAAGCAGCGAUACUCCUACCAAUACACGGUAGCAAACAAGGAGUACGUGGCCUACAGCCACACAGGUCGCAUCAUCCCUGCCAUCUGGUUUAGGUACGACUUGAGCCCCAUCACAGUGAAAUACACAGAGAGGCGACAGCCUUUGUACAGGUUUAUCACAUCGAUAUGUGCCAUUAUUGGAGGAACAUUUACUGUAGCUGGGAUCCUUGACUCCUGCAUUUUCACAGCAUCAGAGGCCUGGAAGAAGAUCCAGCUGGGGAAAAUGCAGUAGUGGUGAACCUCUCCCUUGGUCUCCAAGGACAGGAGCAACGAUUGAGAAAUCUACCACUACCUGUUUUUGUCUUUAUUUCCUAAUUGAUCGAAUCAGUAUGUUUUUUUCUCUAAUCAGGCUGUUCAGUGAAGAUGUCUUCAACAAAUCAAAGAAAUCUCCAUGCAUUUCAGAGCUCUGAGAGGGAAAAAUCAAGGGAAUCAGGGUGUGGAUUUCAGGGUCCCUCCCCCCAGAAAGAGAGGUUGAAAUGCCAUGAA